AUGGGUGACUUCAACGAGGUACUCACUCAAGAGGAAUUUCAGGGCGCGACAUGGAGACCGAAUUGGCAAAUUAUGAACUUUCGGAAGGCACUUUCGGACUGUAAUUUGUUUGACUUAGGCCAUGAAGGUAAUCACUUCACUUGGUGUCGGAAUAGGUCGGCUCCUGACACAACUAGAGCUCGUCUGGACCGCGCAUGCGUCUCCCAUGACUUUCUCACCUUGUUUCCUGAUGCCAGGAUCUAUCACUCACAUGCUCUUUUUUCCGAUCAUGUUCCUAUUGUCUUAAGAUUAUCGUGCUCGCAUGAUCUCUUAAAAGCUCGCAGCAAAUCUAGGAGGGACAAAUGCUUCAUGUUUGAAGCAAUGUGGAUCAAAUCAGAAGACUGCGAACGCAUUAUCCAAGAUUCUUGGGAGUAUAGCUCGACAGAAGAUGCUUGUGCCAACCUGGUUAUGAAGACUAAUAGUUGUAGGUUAGGCCUUCUCCAAUGGAGCAAACAGUCCUUCGGCAACCAUACUAAGGCUGCGGAUGAUCUUUGGCAAAGGAUUUCUCGCCUCCAACAAGGCGUUUUGACGGACUCUAUCAAAGCUGAGAUUAGUUCUUUAACUACCCAGCUAGAGGAGCUUCUGGACAAGCAAGACAUCAUGUGGAAACAGCGAAGCAAAGCACAGUGGUAUAGAGAGGGUGAUCGAAACACAGCUUACUUCCAUGGCCUGGCUUCCCAGAGACGGAAGCAUAACCAGAUUGUUGGCCUUUUCGAUAACAAUGGUUCUUGGUGUCAGUCACAGGAGGGUCUAGAAUCUAUUAUCAUGGAACAUUUUGGCACAAUCUUUUCUACUUCACAGUCUACUUCUCUGGCAAUUGAUGCAGUCAUCCAGCGAGUGCGGGGAUGCGUUUCCAAGGAAAUGAAUUAUUGUCUCCUGCGUACCUACACUACCAUUGAGGUAACAAAGGCUUUAAGUCAAAUGCAUCCAUUUAAAUCUCCCGGGCCGGAUGGCAUGUCACCAGUCUUCUACCAAAGAUAUUGGCAUAUUGUUGGUCGAGAUGUCACUCGUUGGGUUCUUACUGUCCUAAACGAGGGCACCUUACCUACGAGUCUUAAUCACACCUAUGUUGUCCUUAUCCCUAAGUGUCACAGUCCAUCCAGUAUCACCCAAUUUCGUCCCAUUAGUCUUUGCAACGUAGUUUAUAAGCUAGCCUCUAAGGUCUUAGCUAAUAGGCUUAGGAACUGUCUUCCCAAAGUCAUCUCACCAUGUCAAUCAGCGUUCAUCCCUGGGCGCUGUAUCACUGAUAAUAUCCUAAUUGCUUAUGAAGUCAAUCAUUCCCUUAAGCUGAAAUCCUAUGGGCAGGAGGGAUUGAUGUCCAUUAAGUUGGACAUGAGCAAAGCAUUUGAUAAGGUCGAGUGGCUUUUUCUUCGACAUAUGAUGAUAGCUUUAGGUUUCCAUUCCGCUUUUGUGGACAUUGUUUUUCGCUGCAUUUCUACUGUGUCUUACACUUUCCUACUUAAUGGGUCCCAACUUGGGAACCUACAACCCCACCGUGGUAUCAGACAGGGGGAUCCAUUAUCACCCUACUUGUUCUUGAUCUGUGCCGAAGGCUUUUCUUGUUUAUUGCAGGAAGCUGAACGUUGCGGAAGCAUCUCAGCUUCAGGUCAGGAGGUUAACUUUGAUAAAUCAGCAGUGGUCUUCAGCAAAAACACAGACCCCACAGAGAGAAUCUGGCAGAGGAUACAUGGAUGGAAUGAACAGCGCCUCUCAACGGCAGGUAAGGAAAUCAUGAUCAAGGCUGUUGUCCAGGCCAUUCCAACAUACUCAAUGUCCUGUUUCAAGUACCCGGACUCCUUGCUUUCCGAUAUUCAAUCUAUGAUUAGUAACUUUUGGUGGGGUGAUGGCACAAAACAGAGACCAAUCCACUGGGUGAGUUGGAAUAGAAUGUGCUCGUCCAAAAAUGAUGGGGGCAUGGGCUUUAGACAACUUAAGGCUUUCAAUUUAGCUUUAUUGGCUAAACAGGCAUGGCGCAUUGCAACUCAGCCAUCUACUCUGCUUCAUCAGGUUUUUAAGGCUAAAUAUUUUCCAACGAAGGACUUUUUUCAUGACGAGCCUACUUCCAGGCCUUCUUUUACUUGGAGGGGAUUGUGCGUUGUUCGAAGAUAUUUACUCUCUGGUAGCAGAUGGCGAGUUGGAAAUGGGAACCAUGUCAGAAUCUGGAAGGAUAGGUGGAUUCCACGCCCUUCUACUUUCAAAAUUAUAUCCCGUUAUGAUGUGCUGCUGGAUGAUUCCACUGUGGAUUGUUUAAUUGACGGAAAUAGCAGGAAAUGGAAAGUUGAGUUGCUUCAGGAGCUUUUUUGGCAUGAUGAGAUUGAGUUGAUUAUGGGUAUUCCAUUGGGUGAUAGUCACAAUCACGAUAAGCUCAUCUGGCACUACUCUAAAAAUGGCUCAUUCACAGUGAAAAGUGCCUACCACCUUAUCAAAACACAAUCUACAGGCUGGCAAGAUGUAGCUUCAGGGAGUAAUGGUUCGGUGCAGGAUAUUUGGCCUCGCCUGUGGAAGCUCAACAUACCAAACAAAGUUAAGAUAUUCUUGUGGCGUAUCUGCAAGGGUAUUCUCCCUACAUCUUCCACGCUGAAUAGCCGUGGAGUCCACCUUGACCCUAUGUGUCUUUUAUGUAAGACCCCUGUUGAAGAUGUAACUCACCUCUUCUUGUGCUGUCCGGUAGCAGUUCAGGCUUGGGCCCUCAGCUUUCUUACACUAAAGAUAAGGUUAGACUCCGCCAAGCAGGUCUCUUCUUGGUUGCCUGGCCUUCUGAAUCUCUUGAAGAAGCAGGACAUGGAAUUGGUAGCCAUAAUUCUUUGGAAUCUAUGGCUUAACCGAAAUGGUGCUUUAUUCGAUGGUUCAUAUCGGGACCCGCUCAGUCUAGUCUCUCUCUCUAUCAAUUUCUUACAGAAGUACCGGGAAGCCAACACAUCUCCAAAUACUCCAAUCCGCACUUCCAUUGCUCCACUCCACUGGACAAAGCCCCCUGUGGGCUUCCUAAAGGCGAACUUCGAUGGCGCAGUUUUCUCCGAAUAUGGCUACUCUGGUGUUGGAGUUGUUGUGAGGGACGAGCGGGGCAAUUUUGUUACAGGAACUUCUCACAAAAUCUCUGGUAUCUUUUCCCCUGAGGUCAUCGAAGCCUAUGCUGCGAGAACUGCAAUUUCCUUGCUGCUUCAAUGGAAAGUGCCCAACAUUAUUUUGGAGGGAGACUCUUUGAAGAUCGUCAACAUGCUUAAGCUUAUGGAGUCUGAUGACUCCGCUUAUGGGGUGCUGUUAGAUGAUAUCUUUGUUAGGUUACAGAACUUCGCCGCUUGGGAGGCUAAUUGGGUCCCUAGGAAGGCCAAUGUGCCAGCACAUUUAUUAGCUAGAAAUGCUCGCUCUAUUUCAGAUAUCUGUAGUUGGAGUUAUUCUCCACCACCUUUUCUUCCCUCCGCAAUUUCGGCGGACCUAUCCUCACCUUAA